AUGUCGGCCCUUAUUGAAAUCGCCUCGGAGACCGACUUCACAACACACCUAGCCUCGCUCUCACCUUCUGCGCUCCUGGUGCUCUACUUCCACACACCAUGGGCUGCACCCUGCACGCAGAUGCGCGCCGUCCUCGAGGCCAUCGCUGGCCAAUACCCCGCCGCCUCUCCACCCGUUAUCUCGUUUGUCAGCAUCAAUGCGGAGGAGUUGCCUGAUAUCUCCGAGGAGCUUGACGUGACGGCGGUGCCAUUUGUCGUGCUGAUGCGUGGCGGUCAGCGCUUGGAAGAUAUCAGUGGCAGCGACGCUGUCAAGGUCCGCAGUGCGAUCGAGCGUCACGCUGGUGGCUCGGUGCCCGUGGACGGCGCAAAGGCCAGUCUUCCUGCCCCUCUUGCUGCGACACCCCGAGAGAAUGGGCCGGAAGUUGCCACCCAACCUCCCGUUGCGUCUUCACGUGCGCCCGAAUCCUCUGCCAAUGCGAUCGAUGUCUCAGCGACCCCUGCUCUGACCCCCGAGCAGUCGAAGGAGGCGCUGUGGGCUCGCCUGGACCAGCUGGUUAAGGCGGCCCCCGUGAUGCUAUUUAUGAAGGGAACACCCAGCUCGCCUCAGUGUGGAUUCAGCCGGCAGCUGGUGGGUAUCCUUCGUGAGCGCAGCGUCAAAUACGGUUUCUUCAACAUCUUGGCCGAUGAGGAUGUACGACAGGGCUUGAAGGAAUAUGCAGACUGGCCUACUUUCCCUCAGCUGUGGGUUGGUGGUGAAUUGGUUGGUGGAUUGGAUAUUGUUCGCGAUGAAAUCGAGAAUGACCCGAGCUUCUUUGACCAGUACUCAGUCAACAAGCAGUCUUGA